AUGUUGACCGGAAACCAGGAACCGGAAACCGGAAACCGUUGGGUUGACCGGACUUGGGCGUUCUCUCUGGUGUCAGCCAUUCAGCUGCUACUGCCUGGAAAUUGCCUUUCCUGUCCAGAAAUGCAACCCAGUAUCCCCGAGAUUCUUCCCAGCGAGGCCAGUAGGGAUAAAUAUGAGUCAAAAAGUGCACCAGAGCAGGAGCCCACCCCCAAUCGGGAGUUAGAGCCUUCCCAACCGCCACCAUCGAGUAAGCCCCCCCUGACACAAACUAGUCAGUCCCCCCAGGAACCCAAGCAGGGGCCAGACUCUAGCCCCCCAAAAUCUUCUGAAAUACCCAAAGACAGGCGCUGGAACACGAACUGCCUGGAAGCCCCCCUCGCCCAGAACUUCCAAAAGCUGGGCAAGGUAUUAGGUGCAGAUCCCUGGCCUUUCCUGCUGGUGCCUUUGGCCAUGACUGCUCUUCUUGGCUGUGGCUUUAUUUACCUACCCAAGGAAGAAAUAGAUGAUCAGGAACAACAUUACACCCCCAUAGCAAGUCUAGCCAAGGGAGAGAGGAGAUUCGUGCAAACCUACUUCUUCAACCCAGACAAUGAACACUUCUUCCCCUCCAGGCAGAGCCAGGAGACCCAUUUCUUGUCUGUGAUCGUGGUCAAAAAGAAAGGACAGUUGAUGCAGCCUGAAACUUUUGAAAAAAUUAAUCGUUUGGACUUGGAUGUGAGGUCUGUGGAAGCAACAGCUGAAAAUGGAUCCAAGAUCACAUUUGAGCAAGUGUGUGCUUCUUACAACAAACAAUGUGUGGUGCACAAUCCACUCCUUUCCCUCUGGCUGAGAAAGGGAGAUAUCAAUCUGUCAGAAAUCACCUACCCCAUCUACUAUUAUAAUUUAAACAAGAUGCUGGUCUUGGCAGGCUACGUUGGAGGGCCCUUCUUAAAGCCGUAUGAGCAAAAUGGUAAAGCAAGUUCAAAGAUCCAAGCCCUUAGGUUGCUGUACUUCCUAAAAACAGAGAACCCAGUGGACAAGGAGCAGAGCCAAUUGUGGCUGGUGGCAUUCCUGGAGAAAAUUAAUGACAUUAAACAGAAUCUUGAUCAGAACAUCCAGGUGGUCUACUUUACAUCCCUUUCCCGUCUGAGGGAAUUUGAGAAAACAGCUAAGACAGUGAUCCCUUUGUUUUACAUUGCUUAUGCUCUGAUCAUAUUAUUUGCAGUCACAUCAUGCUACAGGACCAGCUGUUUACGAAACAAAAUGGGUGUUGCCAUCUGUGGAGUAUUUUGUGUUGCCUUGUCAGUGAUAAGUGGCUUUGGACUGCUGUUGUUCCUUGGGGUGCCAUUUGUGCUCAUAGUUGCAAAUGCGCCAUUUCUCAUUCUAGGUGUCGGUGUUGAUGAUAUGUUUAUCAUGAUUUCUGCCUGGCAGGGAAGCAUCUUCAUGGAGAAUGUAUCACAGCGAAUGGCUGGUAUCUAUUCAAAGGUGGCAGUGUCCAUUACUAUCACCACCGUAACUAAUGUUUUGGCCUUCUAUACAGGAGCUCUGACCUCUUUCAGGUCUGUACAGUAUUUUUGUGUUUAUACAGGAACAGCCUUAAUUUUUUGUUAUUUAUAUAACAUCACUUGUUUUGGGGCAAUUAUGGCCCUGGAUGGUAGAAGAGAAGUAAUUUGUCUACGCUGGAUGCAAAGCACAGAACUAACUCCCAACCACAGAUGGUAUUCAUUAAAAAAGACCUGCUGUCUCCUACCAGACUCUGAUGAGAGUGAAGAUCACCACAUGCAUCCGGUAAAUUUGUUCUUUAGGGACUAUUUUGGACCUUUUAUUACACACCCUGUAUCAAAAGUUUUUGUAGUGUUCAUAUAUAUUUUAUAUAUCCUGUCUAGCAUAUAUGGAUGUUUUCAAGUACAGGAAGGUUUAGAUCUUCGAAAUUUAGCAAGUGAUGAUUCCUAUAUCAAACCAUAUUUUGAUGUGGAAGAAGAAAAUUUUUCACACUUUGGUCCAAGGGUAAUGGUUGUUAUUACUAAGCCUCUAGACUACUGGAAUAAAGAUACCAGGGAAAAGUUGGACAAAUGUCUGAAGGAUUUUGAAGAGAAUAGCUAUAUAGAUGGAAAUCUUACAGAGUUUUGGUUAAAGGCAUAUAUAGUCUACUUAGAAGCUCAAAGCAAAGAUCCAAAUAAUCAAAAAGUAUUUUUUGACGAACUUGGCCCCUUCUUAAAAGUCAAGAAUAUGUUUCAGUUUGAUGUCAAUAUUACCAAACAUCUAGACCAAGAAAUUCAAGCUUCCCGGGCCUUCAUACAGAGCAUAGGCAUUUCCUCUUCAACCAGUAAGAAGAAAAUGUUGAUACAAUUACGAAACAUCGCUGAAAAGUGUGAAAUUCCUUUACUGGUUUAUUGCAAGGAGUUUAUAUAUUAUGAUCAAUAUGCUGUGGUAAUUGAAAACACUAUUCGAAACGUCAUUAUUGCAUCAAUAAUUAUGUUCUUUGUUUCACUACUCUUAAUUCCUAAUCCGCUGUGUUCCUUGUGGGUGACUUUUGCUAUUGCUUCUGUGAUUGUGGGAGUAACAGGUUUCAUGGCAUUCUGGAACGUCAAUCUUGAUACCAUCUCCAUGAUUAAUCUUGUCGUUUGUAUAGGGUUUUCUUUUGAUUUUUCCGCACACAUUUCUUAUGCAUUUGUUUGCAGUUCCAAACCCUCAGCAAACCAAAAAUCAAUUGAGGCAUUGCAUAAGCUGGGCUACCCAGUGAUACAAAGUGCAGUUUCAACAGUGAUUGGGGUUUGUGUGUUAGGGGUAGCUAAAGCGUACAUCUUUAGGACAUUUUUUAAGAUUAUGUUUCUUGUUAUGGUAUUUGGGGCUGCUCAUGGCCUAAUUUUCAUUCCGGUAUUCUUAACAUUUUUUUGA